CAUUGAUUAUUGUACUGUGUAAGCCUAUGGAUUACUCUUAUGGCCAUAUUUUAUACCUUUAUAAUAUACUAGCUGAUCCUGUGCACUUCGUUGCCCGUUAAAUGUACCAACUCUAUAUGACUCAAACUUUGUUCUAUUCGUUAUUUAAUAUUCGGUGUACGGUGUGCAAAAUUUAUCUUAACUUUUCUGUUGCCUGGAAUAAAAAUUCUGAUUCGCAGCAGUAUAUUAUCAGGUAGGCAAUCUACCUGCGGUAGUUCGCGGACCCAGUGCGGUUUGUAAUUGAAAAGAUGCCUCGUAAUCAUGAGAAAACCAGAUAUAGAAGUAGCACAUCGGAGAAAACUAUGCAAAAAGCAGCACUACUAUGUUUGGAUAAUCAUAUGUCAAAAAAAUCUGCAGCUAAAAAAUUUAAUAUUUGCCAUGUGAAGUUAAAGAGGUACAUAAAAAAAUUUAAACGCCAUAGGGAAACAGGUAGUUAUCUGCCAGAAUUCAGUUACCAACCACAUAAUAAAAUAUUUGACUACUUUCAAGAAAAACAACUUGCAGGUUACGUAAAAAUUUCCGCAGAUAUGUAUUUUGGUUUAAAUUCUAAAAAUAUUGGUAAACUAGCUUAUGAAUAUUCAGUUAAACUUGAUUUGACAGUACCAAACAGUUGGAAACAAAAUAAUGAAGCUGGUCCUGAUUGGAUUACAGCCUUUUUAAAAAGAAACCCAUCACUGUUCAUUUGUCUCCCAAAAGCGACUAAUAUAUCAAGGGCUAUUAAUUUCAACUCAGAUAAUCUAAAACAUUUUAUGGAUAAAUAUGAGUCAAUUUUAUUGAAGUACAAAUUUCAAGCACAUAAUAUUUACAACAUGGAGAAAAUAGGGGUUACAUUUGUCCAAAAGACAGGAAAAAUAAUAGCAUCUCGAGGUAAUAAACAUAAUAAACCGAUCACAAGUGGCAAAAUUAGUACAGUUACCAUGUACUUAGCUAUAAAUGCAGCGGGAAACUUUAUUCCUCCCAUGCAUAUAUUAUCUAAGGCUGCCAAUGAUUUAAACUGUACGCAAGGCGUUGAGUUCCUGAAGGUUUUGAAGAAAUUUACCAAAUAUGUCAGACCUUCAGUUGAUAAAAAAGUUCUUAUUCUACUUGACAACCAUGAAUCUCACUUAUGUUUGCCAGUGAUUGAUUUUUGCAAGGAAGUAGGCAUUUUAUUAUUAUCAUUUCCACCUCACGGUUUUCGUAAACUCCAGCCAUUGAACAGAUCCGUGUAUAGACCAUUUAAUGAAUUUUUGAACCAAAAUAUAUCAGCCUGGAUUGAAAAUAAUCCAGGGAUAAAAUUAAGAACACAUGAUGUGGCUUUAGUGUCAUCUAGUACAAGUGCAUUAGUUAGUGCUGCUACACCUCAAAAUAUUAUUAACGGAUUCUCUAUGACAGGGAUUUGGCCUUUAGAUCGAGAUGCAUUUACUAAGGAUACAUUUACACCAGCAGUUUUUGAAGAUAUGUUAAUAGAUAAUGUUGAAGAAGAACCAACAAAUUAUGUAAUUAAAGAGCCAAAAAAUAGCAUUACUGAAGAACCAGCAAUUUUUGACAAUAAUCCUCAUUUGAAUACAGAAAGAUUUUUCUUUUCUUAUCCAGACAAAAAUUCUACUGUUACUCAAGAAACUUCUUUCUUUUCUGAUGAAACAUUUAUAGCUCCAGAAACUUAUCGACUGAUUAUGAAACUACGUAGUAAAAAAAAAGAGAAGAGCACAACUCCUGAAAAAUUAGAAAUAGAAGAUGAAACAAAAAAUAAAGCUAAGAAAACCUAGUAAUAUUUGUAAUAUUAUUUAAUGAUAUAUGUACUUGCUUGAAGAAGUAGUCUCUCCUCGAUGAUUCUAUUAAAUAUUGAACAUAUUGGAAAUAUUAAUACUAUGUACUGUACCUACUAUUUAAAUAAUUUUGAUUAAAAAGGAUAUUCAUAAGUAAAAUUUGUACUCAUUAAUGUUUAUAACUAUAUAAAAAUAAUAGAUUUUAAUUUUCUACUGUUAAAUAUUUAUUGAUUAGAAAUCUAAAUAAUAUCAAUAAAUUUGAACAUAAAAUACAUUAUGUCAAAAUCGACUGUUGAACUUGUAACUUUAUUUUUACCAAGCAUUAUAAUAUUACAAUACAUUAUCAUUUAUUAACUUGAAAUGUUACAUUAAUUACAUUGUUCUCUUAUAAUGAAAUCAAAAUAAUAAAUAUUUUCAUAAUAAUUAUAACAAAAACAAAUUGUUGGCAUAUUAUGAUAUUCAUUUAUUUUAUCCUAUAAUCCUAUGAAGUAACACAAAACAAACUUCAAGAUCAUCAUAAAUAUGAAAAAAUCCAAAAUAAUUUGAUUGAAACAAAAUAUUUUUGUUUUAACCUUGAAACUAAAGACCACUUUCAAACAAUAGUUGAAUAGCGACACAAAUAUUCAAAAUAAGAAAAUCGCCACAUGAAAAAUCAAGUGAAUAUCCAAUAUUUUAAAAAUGUGAACCGCAAAAGUAACAUUAAUUGUAAUGCCCUACUUUUUGAAAAAGUGACGUAACGUGAUAAAGUAAGUAAUUUAAUUAAAAAUGUUUAAUGUAACGAGUCAUGUGAUCUCAUUACUUUUUAAAAGUAAUUUACCGAAGAUUGUGGUAUUAGUAAGUUAUUCUGGUGGUAAAAACAAGCACUGCACAUUUCAUGGAUCGAUUGUUGCAUAUUUUCACUUGAUAGCUAUUGGUCCCUUAAUUAUGAUUUAUACUUGAUUGGUCCAUUAAAUUUAAGUGAACCAUUAUAUAAAUCAAUUUAUUAUGCAAAUAACCAUUUAAUCUUAGAAAUU